AUGCGAUCAUACACUACCACAGGACUUGCUCGGUCUUCUGUAGUAAGACUCGGAGAAUUUAAACCUCGACUUAUAUUCGGCAGUAUGAUAAAGCCUGUAUUUUCUUUUACUGCUGCAUUGCGGUUGAAACCGCCUUGUUUGACCAAUGUUCGCAAUGCAUCCUCAAAGUCAACCACUAUGCGAGGAAGAGUCAUCACCACCAUGAUUGCUGACAAGUAUAUUCCUCCCUCUUCGCUUCCAGCACCCAUCAACAAGGCCAACUGGAACAUUAUUUGGGAACGCAUCAAGAAAUUAGUGUUGGCAACAUGGAGUGUGUAUCAGGUUAAAACGACUACAAAGGGUUGGAAGCCUCGUGCAUUUGCUAUAGAGGCCGAAAAACUGUAUAUUGCAAUGAACAAGGCAUAUGCCAGAGGAGAUCGAGCAGAAUUAAGCAACUGUGUUACGGAUGGCAUGAUGUCAGCACUCAGUCCAGAGAUCAAGGCAAUGCAGCGUAUUGGUAAAUUUGUGUGGGAUUCUAAUGGAUCUGAUCGUCGUCCACAAGUUGUUCAUCUGGCCACUGCCAAGGUUGCUACCGAGACUGGUGAUAUGCGUUUAUCUCAAAUCACAGUUCGUGUCAAUGUCAGACAGUCCAUGGCCACUUAUAAGGACGACACUCUGAUUGCCGGAAAUCCAGAUACCUAUACCAGCAUUGUUGAGCACAUUGUGAUGGAAAAAUGGUUGGAUGGCAAAUGGGCUAAUCGUCCUUGGAAAAUUGCUGGUAAAAUCCAACCUAGUAGCAACUCUGGAUCCAAAUAA